AUGGCCCGCGCGCAUCCGCACCAGCCAAAGGCUGUCCCGACGAGCUGGGCGACCUGGCUCGUCGCUGCCCCUGCUCCGCCACCCCUGUCCACGCACGCCGUGGCAGCUGUAGUACCAGACAAUCGACAAUGCAAUGCCGGUCUUUUGCUCCCCGCACUGGCCCUGUGUCGAGCGAGCCCCCAGUACUGUCUCCUCGUUUAG